CUCUUCAUUGAGAAGUGUAUCAACUGGAUCUUCAAGACCUUCCAAAGUGUGUUUGGUGUGUGGAGAUGAAGCAUCUGGAUGUCAUUAUGGGGUGGUUACAUGUGGCAGCUGUAAAGUUUUCUUCAAGAGAGCAGUAGAAGGACAGCACAAUUACCUGUGUGCGGGAAGGAAUGACUGCAUAAUUGAUAAGAUUCGGAGGAAGAACUGCCCAGCCUGUCGAUUACAGAAAUGUCUGCAAGCUGGAAUGAAUUUAGGAGCCCGGAAAUCCAAAAAGUUGGGGAAAUUGAAAGGGAUGCACGAGGAGCAGCCACAGCAGCGGCAGCAGCCACCACCUCAGAGCCCCGAGGAAGGGACGACGUACAUCGCGCCUGUGACUGAGCCCUCUGUAAACACAGCACUUGUCCCCCACAUGUCUGCUAUCUCACCAGCACUUACUCCAUCUCCUGUUAAGAUCCUUGAAAGCAUUGAACCAGAGAUAGUGUAUGCAGGAUACGACAGUUCAAAGCCAGACACAGCGGAGUACCUGCUUUCCACCUUAAACCGCCUGGCUGGCAAGCAGAUGAUUCAGGUGGUGAAGUGGGCGAAGAUACUUCCAGGAUUUAGAAACUUGCCUCUCGAGGACCAAAUUACUUUAAUUCAGUAUUCAUGGAUGUGUCUGUCAUCGUUUGCCUUGAGUUGGAGAUCGUACAAACAUACAAAUAGCCAGUUCCUCUAUUUUGCUCCAGACCUGAUCUUCGAUGAGGAACGAAUGCGCCAGUCUGCUAUGUUUGAACUGUGCCAAGGGAUGCACCAGAUCAGUCUGCAGUUUGUUCGCUUGCAGCUUAGCUUUGAGGAGUACACUAUAAUGAAAGUUUUGCUGCUGUUAAGCACAGUUCCCAAGGAUGGUCUCAAAAGCCAAGCUGCAUUUGAAGAAAUGAGGGCAAAUUACAUUAAAGAACUAAAGAAGAUGGUAACUAAAUGUCCAAGUAACUCUGGGCAAAGCUGGCAGAGAUUCUACCAACUGACUAAACUUCUUGACUCCAUGCAUGAU